AUGGCCUCAAAAUCAACCUUCAGAACCUCAAUCCAACCCCCGCCAGGACCUACCGCGAAGCUGGUAUUCCCAUCCCAGGGAACCCCCAACACCAACCCCACCAUCUUCAACGAUGCAAUGAUAAUCCGCAAACACGUUUUCGUCGACGAGCAGCACUGCAGUGCAGACGCCGAGAUCGACAGCGAUGACCUCCGGAGCUGGCACUGGGUGCUCUACGAGACCUCUAACGAGAGCGCGGCGCCCGUGGGGGUGAUCCGCCUCGUACCCCCGCCGCAGACGCCCCACGCCCACCUCACGGAACCGCCAGCGGCAGUCGAGCAGGCAGUACCGGAGUACGACUGGACCCACGAGCCCUGCAUCAAGCUGACCCGGGUGGCGAUUCUGCCCGCCUUCCGCGGGCUUGGGCUUGGACGACGAUUAGUGGAGACGGCGCUGGACUGGGCGGCUAUGCAUGUGGCGGAGAUAAACGAGGCGGCAGUGCAGAUCGCGGUUAGGGGGAAGUCGCCUGUUGCUACUCCGAAGCCGUGGCAAGGCUUGGUCCUGGUGCAUGCCCAGGUAGAUGUGGAAAGGAUGUAUGCUGGGCUUGGAUUCGUAACGGAUGAGUCGCUGGGUCGGUGGGACGAGGAGGGGAUUGAACAUGUGGGUAUGUUUCGCCGGGUGAUUCUUGGUAAAUGA